AUGUAUUUCAGAAGGGCACUUUCCAUUACAAAGACUUUGUCAAAGACAGCUUCUGAAGCAACUCAGACGCAAGCAAAGAACGUUAGAAGUUCGAAAUGGACACCAAGAAAUGGCAAUUCCUUCAGAUCAUUUGCCGAGUAUAGAUUGAAGGUAUCCCAGCAGUCUCCUUUGUCUGUCAAAUCAAGGGCAAAGGCUUAA